AUGGCUUCUACAGCCUCGAUACCACUGCGACUCGCCGGCAGACAAAUCAGACUUGCAUCGCGACCCUCGAGAACAUUUGUAUCUGCUGCGAAAACAAAAACAGCUCCCACCUCUACAGCCUCGCGGCCCGCCGCCAUCCCUUCAAAAACCUCUUCGAGACCUGCAACCUCGGCGACUACAUCUCGAGCAUCUCCAGCAGCCGCCAAGCCAGCCGCAGCCGCCGCCUCAGCAGCGCCCACCUCGCCUCCCGCUGGCGCGCCGGGCUCCCACACUCCCGUACCUCAAGUAUCUGGUGAACCACUACCAGACGUGCCCUCGUCGGCGCGAAGCGACCCUGCAGGCGCGCCCAUUGACUGGUCCUCGUCAUUUCACGGUCUGGGCACGGCAACCUUUGGCCCCGAAGUCGCAACGGUCCUGCAAGCGCCGCUCGACGCCGACGAUAUCGAGGUCAAGCCCGACGGCAUCCUCUACCUGCCCGAGAUCAAGUACCGGAGAGUGCUAAACGCCGCCUUUGGCCCAGGAGGAUGGGGUUUGGCGCCUAGAGGAGAUUUGCAGAUCCAGGACAGGCUCGUGUAUAGGGAUUACGCAUUGAUUGCCCAUGGAAGGUUUAUCGGCCAAGCACGAGGAGAGAUGCAGUAUUUCAACGAGGACGGAAUCUCGACGGCAGCCGAAGGAUGCAAAUCCAAUGCUUUGAUGCGGUGCUGCAAGGACCUGGGUAUUGCUUCGGAACUAUGGGACCCACGCUUUAUUCGCAAAUUCAUGAAGUCUCAUGCGCAGCAGGUCUGGGUCGAGCAUGUGACGACCAAGAAGAAGAAGCAAAUCUGGCUGCGGAAAGACGACGAGGUGCGAUACCCAUUCAAAAAGACGAAUUAA